GCCAAACUAAAGCUACAGGUUCGGUGGCCAAAAUGGGGACGAUAGCGCUACCGGCAGUAGCGGCCGCCGCUCCAACCCCAGCGCGGCCGCCGUUCACCGUCCGCACCGCCGCCGCAGCAAGGUCUCCCACCCCGGCCCCGUACCCUCUACCGGACGAGCUCCGCCUCGUCGCCGACAUCCGCUCCCCGUACAACCACAUCCGCGUCGCCGACGUCUCUCUCCACGCCGCCGCCGGCCACCCGCUCGCCGGUGCGCGCCUCCUCCUCCUCGACGGGCCGGGCAACAUCCACUCCCUCUCCUUCCCCCGCCGCUGCCCGCUCACCUCCGCCUACUUCGACGUCUUCGCCACGCUCCCGCCCCUCCUCCCGCGCGCCGCCCUCUCCCUCGCCGUCCUGGGCUUCGGCGCGGGCUCCGCCGCGCGCGCCGUGCUCCACUUCUUCCCGGACGUCUCCGUCCACGGCUGGGAGAUCGACCCCGCCGUGGUCUCCGUCUCCCGCGACUUCUUCGGCCUCACGGCGCUCGAGGAGCAGCACGCCGGCCGCCUCUUCGUCCGCGUCGGGGACGCGCUCCGGGCCGAGGCGCUGCCCGGCGGCUUCGGCGGCGUGCUGGUCGACCUGUUCGCGAACGGGAGCGUGCUCCCGGAGCUCCAAGAGGCGGACACGUGGAGGCGGAUUGGCGGGAUGGUGGCGCCGGGAGGGAGGGUCAUGGUGAACUGCGGCGGGCCAUGCGUGGAGGCUGAGGAGGAGGGGAGGGACGGCGAGGCCGUCAAGGACGCCACGCUGCGCGCUCUGACGGCGGCGUUCGGGUGUGAGAUGGUGUCUGUGAUGGAUGAGGACGAGAGCUGGGUGGCCAUGACUGGGCCGGCGGUGUCGGCGCCGGUGGAGGUGGCGGCGUGGAAGGCUGCGUUGCCACCGGAGCUCCGGAGAUAUGUUGAUUUGUGGAGGCCAUGCUUGCCAUGAAUUCUCUGAAAACAAGAACGCCGCGUGAUAUCUCCUGUCAAAUCAGGGUCAGUUUAUCCAAAGGCUUGCCAAUUCAAUCACUUGGGCUGUUUGAGCUGCAUGUUGACCACUUGGUUCAACAAACUCAUUAGCGUUUCAUGACCAAGAUAGCAACUUGAGUGAAUCGUUGGCACCACAGCUCAUGUGGGCACAGUUUCAGUCUGAGCUCUGUCCUGGUGCUUUCUUGGGGUAUCAGUUAGCAGGUCAGUUACAGAUUAUAUCAUCCUGUCUAGUCUCCAUAUGAUAGAAAAUUCAUUGUACUCUUGUGGCCUGAAAUGUCUUUCAUAAUAGUCGGUGGUGCACCCUUUUAAUUGGAUAUCCCCGGUAAUGAUCCUACUUGCUCUAAAUGGAAUAUAUAUGCUGCAUAUGUUUCUCACUGACAACUAACUGAAAGUUGCUAGUAUUGCUAUCUUCAUGAAGAAUGUUAAAAACCUUUUGAUCUCCAAUACCAUUUACUUGCUUCUCCCCUUAACAAAUGAACUAACCUCAGUUGCCUCUCGUUCGAGUAAUACCUCAUCUUUUCUUUCUGUAGUUUAUCAAUGAUUUAUACGAUCUUUGUUUCCCUUUUGAUAAAAUCCACUUGCUUCAUGCUUGCUUUGCCCAGCACUGCAUAUGCCUUACCCUAAUCUCUGAAGAUACUAACAUCUGGCAUCGUAUCUGAAACUGCCACUCUUCCAUGACUGUAGUACCCCUAUGCUCAUUCAGCCCAAUAUUUGACCAAAAUGUUAUCCCUGGAUAGGCAACCUAGUUAAUUUGAACAAGGUUCAUUUCCUUUACGGAAAGCUAAACCAGUAUUUGCCGGGCCAUGAUUUUGUUUAGCACAUGAAUCUUCCUAAAAUACAAAUUAUGUCAUUGGAACAUCGUUUAUACACUGGACACAUGCCAAUGAGUAUAUGUUAGUGAUGAGUUGGAGUGGCCAAACUGACGCAUUUUCACGACCUAGUUUACUUACUAUUCUUUCAUUAUUUGUCCUGUAAAGAUGAGUUGGUUGUAAAAAUGACAUUUUGUACUGACAUAACUGUGGAUUGUAUAUAGUUUGUGCACCAUAUAUGUUAAAUCUCAUGAUGCUUUGGAGAGUAAGCCAUUGAUAACUGCUAUGAGCGGUGACAAAAUUAUGAAUUGACCAUU